GUGCUCCUCAGAGCGCCGCGCACAGGCUUCUGGGUAAUACAAGGUGCAGGCAGUACAACACGCUGAAGAGUGGCGGUGAAAAUAGCUUCCGCAGUUCUGUUAGCUGUCGAGGUUAAAUGUUUUCUAAGUGUAUACUGGUAGCAUGUUGAACGCCUGUUUCCGUCGUGUCCUGCUAGAGUAACAAGGUAACUACGUCGGCGCUGCUCGUCCAGCCUUCUGAUUAUAGCCGCAACAUGACUCUGAAUGAGCAUUCACUGCAAGCGCUGUCCUGGAGAAAGCUGUACUUAAGCCGAGCUAAACUGAAAGCUUCGAGUCGGACAUCAGCUUUGCUUUCUGGAUUUGCUAUGGUGGCUAUGGUGGAAGUGCAGCUAGACAACAGUUAUCCUUACCCACCUGCUCUCCUUAUUGCCUUCAGUGCCUGCACCACUGUACUUGUGGCUGUUCACCUCUUCGCUCUCAUGGUUAGCACCUGCAUUUUGCCCAAUAUAGAGGCUGUCAGCAAUGUCCACAACCUCAACUCUGUGAAGGAGUCUCCACAUGAGAGAAUGCAUCGACACAUUGAACUAGCCUGGGCUUUUUCUACUGUUAUUGGCACUUUGCUCUUUUUGGCUGAGGUAGUUCUACUCUGCUGGGUCAAAUUUUUGCCUGUUAAGCCCAACAAGUCCAGCAAUAAUACAGUUUCAUCUGGUGUGGCUGCUGCUAUUACGUCCACCUCCAUCAUGGUCCCCUUUGGGUUAGUUUUCAUAGUCUUUGCUGUGCAUUUCUACCGCUCCUUGGUCAGCCACAAGACUGACAGACAGUUUCAGGAGCUCGAGGAGCUAUCUAACCUCACCAGGCUUCAAAACGAGCUGGACAAUCGAGGGGAACCUUCCAUCUUGCAGUCUCCAAGAUCACAUUUCCCAUAGGAAAGUAUGGUGGAUAUGAUGACUCCUGGGGAUUUCUCCAAGCCAGAAGACACAUUAUUGGCAUAUAUAUAUAUAUGGAGAGAGAUUUUUCUUUACAACAAUGAAGGUACAUCCCAUCUUUUUGUUAUGAAGUUUACUUUUGUGAAAAGAGUAAAAGAGUUGUAUUUUUAGACAUUUAUUCAACUUGGAACUUAAAAUAUGCCAUCAUGCAUGUAACUUGAAAUUGUGAAGUCUUAACUGUGAUAGUUACUUGAUUUGCUGUAUAUCUUACAUUAUGGCAGAGACAUCUGAACAAUAAGUUGAAGACAUGUCUGUUGCCUGCUGCAUUUAUUUACCUGUGAACAUUGCAUUUCUUUAUAUUACCUUUCUGUGUUUUGUAAGCCACAGAUAUUUAGCUCUCUCUUCUUUCUAUCCUGUGAUUUAUUGUAAUGUUCACUAUUUGCAUCAGUAACACCUUCUGUGUGUGUAGACCGACUCAAAGCAGCUGCCAAAACUAACAGUAUAUGUGCACACAUCUGCAGCACAGGCUGCAUUGUGUAAAUAAAUACUUAAUACUAAAUUUUCUGAGCUUAGAAAAUAGUUUGCAUGUACUAUUUGAAAACACUGUAUCUCUAAUUUUACUUAUAUGCAACUUUCAUGCAAUCACUAAUACAAGUUAAGCAAGUUCCAUCCAGAACAUUUUGCGAAAGCAACAUUUUAAGAUCAUGAAUAGACAAUACAUAUGUUUGCACCUUAUGCUGGAUAACAUACUGCUCUGGUUCUACGUGAUGAUGAAUACUUAUUUAUACUCUUGUCACUGACCUAUUUUAUAUGGCCUACUGCAGAGUUUGACCUCUGUGGAGUGUUUGUAGAUAUUAGACACUAGUGAUCCAGUGUGCUUCAUUUUGUAAAGCCUGAGCACUUGUCCCAUAUGUCCUGAAUUAGCAUAUCAUUUACUCUGAGUAUCCAAAGGAGUGCUUUUCAAUCAAGAUGAUGUGUAUUCUAAUUGAAUGUGGCUGAGUUCUCAGCAAUUUAGAGAGAAGUCUCAGCAUUCUGUACUGGGGGAGGCUCAAAUCCUGAUGUGGUUGGAGAUGCUUUUUGAAGUGAAAGUCAAGGCAGUAUUAGUUAAUACUGUAGAUGCUAUCUUGUCACUUUAGGGGACAACUGUAUAUUCUACUAUUAAUAGAGGCUGGAGUGGGAUUUUGACGAGAUCUUUCAAGCUAGGUAUGCAAGCUUGUUUGUAUUUUUUUUUCUAAAUUAUUAGAAAAUACAAAUGGUGAUACAACUGCCUAAAAUAACAAAGUAGGUGGACAUGUUACUUAGUCACUUCAUGUAUAACAGUACUGAAUUUAUCACAAGACCAGCUUUGAUAGCCUUUGGUGAUGUGAUUGCUUUGGUACUAAGUAGGUCAAAUAUAGUGAAUUCAGUUAUUUAGUUGUUUUUUUUUUAUAGCAGCAAGAGUUACAGUUAGGAACAGUUUAUUAUCAUGGCAGUUAUUCAGUUAUCUGCAUUGGUAAUAUUUGUGAUUAACAAGGUAAAGUUUACCAUUGUUUUUUUUGAAC